UCCGUUUUAUAAUAUUUAAAGAGCUUGUCAAAAACUGUAAACAUACUUGUUUUUGACGAACCGACGUUAAUCCUAACACGUUAUGGUUAUUUAGUGGAUUAUUAUUUAAGUCUGUAAGUACUAAGUUCGAGUGUUUUACGGAGUGGUGAAAGUUUUUAUAGACAGUGCAGUGAAAACCGCGGUGUUCCAAUUCUUGGAACUUUUGGACUUAGUGUUUUAUAUGGAGUAAUUUCACGCGGGGACUACCUUAUACAAGUGAAUAACUAUCUUACCCCCAUCCCCAUAUUAUGGGACUUCAGGUGGACCCGAGUGGGGUCCAGUCCCCGCUGAAAAUGUCCAGGAAGAUGUCGGAGGUUGACUACAUUCCGACCCUAGACGACCAGGUCAUCCGACAGACGUCGGCGUCGGCGGUCAAAACGUCUGGUACGACGAAACAAUGGGGACGGGUGAAAAAUGUCGCCCAUAUCUUGAGUGAAGCGCAUUUGGACGACGAUGAGGAUCUGAGUCAGUCAGAGAGAGACGAUAUUUUGUGUUCACCGAAACGCUUCGGUGUAGAUGACUUUCACAAGACUGCUCAAUUAUUAAUGAAAUCGAAGAAACUUGCUCAGAAAAUAAAGACUAGGUACAAUAGUGCUCGGACGGCAGAGAAGUUGAAGAGCAAAACAGCCGCUGAAUGGCAGGAUUUAUCGGAGUUUGCACUUCGACCUGUGGAAAAAAUGGAUAAAUUUGAUUUGAAACAAGUGUAUCAGAAAAUGAAAAGAAAGAAACAAAUGAAAAUAGCCGUGUUGCAAUCACAGUUUAUAAGUGACCUUCCAGAAAUGUCUAAAAUGACUGUGAAAGAACAUCUUGGACGAAAAAUAUCAGCGCUAGAACGCUUAAAGACAUCAAAGUUUGUGGUUGAUCCGUGUCAAGUACCGUUAGAAAAAGAAAACUCAUGUCUGAGCCAACCGGCUAAUAGCACUUCCAGUCGGCGGCAGAGUAAGCUGCGAUAUAGCAUAGACCUUGACAUCGCGCCGGUGCUCCCCCGCUUGCCGAAUUACAAUCAAGGCGUAGAGCCGAUGGCGCAGGUCCGUCUGUCCUCGAUCGACAUUGACCGCGAGAUUGCAGUGUCGCGGAACCGGGAGCGCCUUGAGAGCGAGCUCGAGCUGCCCAUUGACCGACUGGCGCGGCUUACGCUACUCAGGAAUAACGUACAGACGAUCAAUGGAAAGUUUCUGAAGCUGGCACAGGGGAAGCGGAAAGAGGGCGGCACGAAGACGGACACUGAACAAGAGGAAGAGACGCCCUACUAUGCCCCAUCCAGGUUCACUCAAAAUGGCAUGGCACAAUCAUUCUUCAAGAAAUAUGCCAGAAUCGUUGUCAUCGUCACACAAUGGAUUAACAUGAUCAUGUCAAAACAGAAUGACUUUGAGAAGGAGCUGAAGUCGUUCGUGGACAUCGCCAACGAGGUUGAGGAAAAGGCGGUGACCACGGCCCUCCAUGACACAGCACUUACCUUUGACAAGAAACUGUUCAAGGCGAAUACAGAGAUCUCAUUAAGUACAGAGGUACGGAAAAUUCUCACCACGAGUUGGCAGUCCCGGACACCACAAAUGAUCAAACAGGUGAUGAACGGUCUUCAAUCUCUGCGUUCUCUGUCCGAGUACCCUGUAUCAACACAAGCAAAACUCUGCAAGGUCGCAUGGUACCAGACGAUUGGAGCAAAGAAGUUGAUAGUACGCCAAGGUCACCACGCCGAGUCCUUCUACUUCAUUUUGUCUGGCACAGCGUUCGUGAAGAAGAUGAUACAGGACCCUGUGACUGGAGAGCCAAAAGCCCAAGUGGCUGCCAGACUCACCAAGGGCCACAGCUUCGGGGAGAUCGGUUUACUGUUUGACACGCUGCGGACGGCGACGGUGGAGAGCGCCACGCCCAUGGAACUGCUCGUGAUUGGCAAGGAGGACUUUGUACGCAUCUUCAUGAAGGCGGAAAACCCAGACGAUGAGCCUGAACACAUCAAAUUUCUCAAACAAAUACCAUUUAUAUCGUCAUGGCCACUGGAAGUGUUAAAGCUGGAAGCAGGGGCGUGUCUAACGCAUUAUUUCAAACGAGGCAGCCUGGUUACGGACAAUGACCGCCAUAGUGAAUGGAUCUAUUUUAUCAUGUCGGGCUCGUGCGAGGUGUUAAAGAAGCUGAAGGCGGUAAAGGCGCGUAACCUGCGCGAGAUCCGGCCAAAGUCCGACAUUAUGUCCGACAUCAUACUACCCGAGCUGGGCACGUCGAACCCACACGCGAAGAUUGACAGCGGUCGCCGGCGGUACCAGCGGCGGACCAUACACCCGGAAGUGUUCGAGGAUAUGACAAACUAUUACGAUUCGCUGCGCAAGAAAUAUAAGGCGAUAUCGAACGAAGGUCAAACCAAACCCGCAAAACCACAACUAAAAGAAGACACUGACAUCGAACUAGACGACAUGCCGACACAGGCGGACUUGCAGCUCCCGAAGAUGUUCACCCAAACCGCCUCCGCCCGAAAGUUCUCCCUUACGGAGCGUCCGGCACGGGUCCGUUUCCUGGACGAAGGGGGAAACACGGUGUUCAAUGUCGGUGAAGAGGAAGAGGUAGAGGAUGUCUUUACGCUGGUCCCGGCCGUGCCCCUUAACAACGAACGACCGGCUUCGAGAGCGAAGUUUGAUGAAAACUUUCCCAAGUUGCAGCCAGAAAAUUUUCGUCUACCGUCUCGCGAAAAACUGAGUCAGCAGUACCGGCCUACGUCACGGAUGACGUCAUACAUGGCGCCCCCUAACCCACCGGAAGAUGUGUUCGUAAAGGUGGAGCUGCUUCAGACAAAGGAAUGCUUUGGACUGAAUACGUUGAAGUUCGUCCUAGACGGAGAUGAUGAAGUGUUUGACGUGGAAGGUGGAUUGGAGACGCCCAUUCUCUCAUUGGUGAGUCGAGGAGCGGAAGUGAUCAUGUUGUCCAAGAAGGUGUUCCUCAAGUACGCUGACCAGGUGUGUAGACUGCGUCUCCGGGACAUGAUCAAAGUUUACCCACCCGAGAACGCCAUGCAGGAAAACAUGCAGCUCGAAGCGGACUGGUCUGCGUACAAGGGAGACGUCCUCACAAACUAUAUAACGCAUAUGAAAUCUAAGCGGGACAACAUGGAGCCGAAGCCGAGGUGCAAGUCGAACAUGUACUGAACUUACAGUUUUAAGCUAUAUACUGUAUAUAAUACAAAGACCCCAGCAGGGCAAUUUUUGCUGAAACCGAGAUAUAAGUCAGAUAUGAUUGCCUUUGAAAACGGCCGUAUACACUUCGUAAGAAUAUAAAAUAUAAACAUGUACGCGGAAGUGAAGCUUGGUGAUGUAAAUGAAAUACAUUUGCGGUGCUUAACAAAAAGACAUAAGUGGCUGGCAGCAGAUUCUUUCGGGCUAUCAUGGAAUGUCGCUAUGGGCAGACAAUGUACUUUUACAUCAUUAGAAGAAAAUCCUGUUGUACUUAUAUACGCUUUGUUCAGGAGACAAAACGCACUGGCAUCGGAUUUUAUUUUUUUUUAAUCAAAAACAAAUCUCAUAAUUCCGAACUUAAAAUUGUAAUACCAAAAGUGAGAAAACCUAUUGAAAAAGAUUUUAUUUUAU